AAUGCCCUGGCACAUCCGUCGGGGGUUGGAGUUGGAGAAGUGCUCCUCCACCUCCACUGGUUGUGCUGUCAGAGGAGUGCAUGUUUCCGUUCAGAUGUAGAUUUGUGUCCUUUGUGAAAUGCUUCAUUAUAAUCCUGAAUAUCUCCUACUUCUCUGCCUGUGAUUUGUUGGAAUGACACACGGAUAUGCCCUCAACAGGAACAGAGAGGUGAAGCAAAAGUCUCCUAAACCUGAACCCAGCUGCCUGUCCAUGAAGAGUGACUGGUCAGUUGAUCAUCCAGUGAACUUCAGACAAACCCUUGAUGAAAAGAUCUUUGAGAAACCAGAAUGUCCUCCAAUGAGCUCAUACCCCGACCAUGAAAAGGACGCAGCGAUGAAGGAAACGGCAGAGGAACAGCAGCUCCUGAUGAUUUAUUUUCCACCGAGUCAAAGGAAAUUGAAAACUACGCUGAAGAAGUUCCGGUCCGUGUUUCAGGAGAUUCCCGGAGCAGGAAAGCCGGCCCAAUUCAGUCAGAUCUACACAGAGCUCUACGUCUCAGAGGGAGGGGCUUCAGAGGUCAACGAGGAACACGAGGUCAGAAAGAUCGAAACAGCAUCCAGGAAACCACAUGCAGAAGAAAAAGCAAUCAGACCAGAAGACCUGUUUAAAACUCCAGCUGAAGGAGAUGUACCAACAAGGACGGUGAUGACGAAGGGAGUAGCCGGCAUCGGGAAAACAAUCUUAACUCAGAAGUUCACUCUGGACUGGGCUGAAGACAAAAGCAACCAGGACAUCCAGUUCACAUUUCCAUUCACCUUCAGAGAGCUGAAUGUUCUGAAAGAGGAAAAGUUCAGCUUGGUGGGACUCAUCCAUCGCCUCUUUUCUGAAACCAAAGACAUCUGCAGCUUUGAAGAGUUCAAGGUUUUGUUCAUCUUUGAUGGUCUGGACGAGUGUCGACUUCCUCUGGACUUCCAGAACAAUGAGGUCCUGACUGACGUAUCAAAGCCCACCUCGCUGGAUGUCCUGCUGACAAACCUCAUCAGGGGCAACCUGCUUCCUUCUGCUCGUCUCUGGAUCACCACACGACCCGCAGCAGCCAAUCAGAUCCCUCUUGAGUGUGUUUCCAUGGUGACAGAGGUCAGAGGGUUCACUGACCCACAGAAGGAGGACUACUUCAAGAAGAAGAUCAGAGAUGAGGAGGAGGCUAAAACGGUCAUCUCCCACAUCAAGACAUCACGGAGCCUCCACAUCAUGUGCCACAUCCCGGUCUUCUGCUGGAUCACUGCCACGGUCCUGGAGAAAGUGUUGAAAACCAAAUAUGGUGGAGAGCUGCCAAAAACACUGACUGAGAUGUACAUCCACUUCCUGGUGGUCCAGACCAAAGUAAAGGUGGUCAAGUAUGAUGGAGGGUGUGGGAUGGAUCCACACUGGAGUCCAGAGAACAGGAAGAUGAUUGAGGCUCUGGGAAAACUGGCUUUUGAGCAGCUGCAGGAAGGAAACCUGAUCUUCUACGAAUCAGACCUGACAGAGUGUGGCAUUGACAUCAGAGCAGCCUCAAAGUACUCAGGAGUCUUCACAGAGAUCUUCAAAGAGGAGAAAGGACUGUACCAGGCCAAGGUGUUCAGCUUCAUCCACCUGAGUGUUCAGGAGUUUCUGGCUGCUCUUCAUGUCCAUCUGACCUUCAUCAACUCUGGAGUCAAUCUGUUGAGUGAAAAAUCAGAGUCAGAGACAAAACCAUCAACGUGGACACAUGUCUACGAGACUGCUGUGAACGAGGCUUUAGAGAGUCCAAACGGACACCUGGACCUGUUCCUCCGCUUCCUCCUGGGCCUCUCACUGAACACCAAUCAGAAACUCCUACAAGGCCUGAUGACACAGACAGGAAGUUUGUCACAGACCAAUCCGGAAACAGUCCAGUACAUCAAAAAGAAGAUUGAUGGGAAUGUGUCCACAGAAAAGAACAUUAAUCUGUUCCACUGUCUGAAUGAGCUCCACGACAAGUCCCUGGUGGAGGAGAUCCAGCAGUCGCUGACAUCAGGACGUCUCUGCACAGAUAAACUGUCUCCUGCUCAGUGGUCAGCCUUGGUCUUCCUCUUACUGUCUUCAGAAGAAGAUCUGGAUGUUUUUGACCUGAAGAAAUACUCAACUUCAGAGGAGGCUCUUCUGAGACUGCUGCCAGUGGUUAAAGCUGCUAAUAAAGCUCUCAUCUACAACCUCUCAGACAGAACCUGCAAAGCUCUGUCGUCAGUCCUCAGCUCCCCGUCCUGUUGUCUGAGAAAGCUGGACCUGAGUAACAACAACCUGCAGGAUUCAGGACUGAAGCAUCUGUCUACUGGAUUCAGGAGUCCUACGUGUGAACUGGACACUCUGAGGCUGAGCUUCUCCAACCUCUCAGAGGGAAGUUGUGAAGCUCUGUCCUCGGUUCUCAGCUGCCAGUCCUCUGGUCUGAGAGAUCUGGACCUGAGUAACAACAACCUGCACGAUUCUGGAGUCAAGCGGCUGGCGGCUGGUCUGGGAAGUCCACACUGCAGACUGGAAACUCUCAGGCUCUCAGGUUGUCUGGUCACAGAGAAAGGCUGUGCUUCUCUGGCCUCGGCUCUGGACUCCAACCCCUCCCACCUGAGAGAGCUGGACCUGAGCUACAACCACCCAGGAGGUUCGGGGCUGAAGUGUCUGUCUGCUAAAGUGAAGGAUCCACACUACAGACUGGACACUCUCAGGGUGGAGCCUGCUGGAGUCCAGUGGUUGAAACCAGGUCUGAUGAAGUACUCCAGAAAACUCAGACUGGAUACAAACACAACCCACAGGUUCCUCCGACUGUCUGACAACAACAGGAAGGUGUUUCAUGUGGAAGUGGAUCAGUCCUACGCAGAUCAUCCAGACAGGUUUGAAAAGUUUGAUCAGGUCCUGUGUGAAGAUGCUCUGGCUGGUCGCAGCUACUGGGAGGUGCAGUGGGCAGGAGAGACUGAUGUAGCGGUGAGUUACAGGCGAAUCGGAAGGAAAGGAGACAUUGAUUGCGUAUUUGGAAGGAACAACUGCUCCUGGAGUCUGGACUGCUCUCAUGAGGGGUUCUCUGUCCGUCAUGACAACAGAGAAACAUCUAUCCUUUCCCCCUCCUUGUUCUCCCACGGCUCCAUCAUCUCUAAGAGGGUGGCCGUGUACGUGGACUAUCCUGCUGGCACACUGUCCUUCUACAGCGUCGUCUCUGGCACACUGAUCCACCUCCACACCUUCAACACCACCUUCACGGAGCCUCUUCAUCCUGGUUUUGGAGUCUUGUAUCACAGCGAAGGCUCUUAUGUCAAACUGUGUUCUCUGUUGAGUGACAGACAAAGACUCUGUACGUCUUAGACCAGAUGGUUCAGGACAAACCUGAUCUCUCAGUUCCGUUGAAUGCAGUGUCAGAUCAAUAUCACCAGCACCGUUUUUAAUCUAAAUCUAACGGUAAACAUGAGUGUCGGUUAGGUUUGAUGGUUCUGUGAUCAUAAUUUUAUUUACGCUAAUGAUCAUGCUUGUAUUUUACUACGGAUCAUGUCUGAUACUCUUAAAACUGCAGGUAUUGGAAUUGUGAAUAGGAAAUACGUCUGGUGUGCACGCAUCAGUUAUAAAACAACUUUACAUGAUUUAAAAAGAGGAGUCUUUUGCAGAACUCCGACGCAAACUACUUUUACAUUUACAGGACACGAUUUACCACGUAGCAUCAUUGGCUCUGAUGUCAGAAGGGCUUGUUGGGUUUGAUCGAGCAGGUUCAACCAGAGCAGACGUUACCUUAGAACUUAGAAAGUGGUGCAUGAGUUAUCCUUGAGUGUUGAAUCCAGAGCUUGUCAGUCAAAUGUUUGACGCCAACCUCCAAGAAAUCCCUCCGAGGUCCUUGCCUCGCAGCAGUUUGUUGCAGCUGUAACUGUCUUGUCUAAGAUGAGCGUAAAUAUUCCUCAAGUGGUUACGGCAUCAAAAAUUAGCACUGUGAAAAAAAAGGGACCAUUAAUCUAAGACAGACUUAUUGUGGCCAGUAAAAACACAGUCUUGUUUUAUGAUUACAUGGCAUCUACAUUUUAUUAGUAAUUUAUAAUAUAUAUAUAUAUAUAAUAUAUAUUUCCCCAGGGGUCAUUUAAGUAUUCGUUCAAUAAUAUUUAUUGUAUUGCACAUGUUUUUAACUUUAAUUUCUUUAACUUUAAUUUCAACAGCACUUUGAAAUAUCCAUCCAUCCAUUAUCUAUACCCGCAGGUCUGCUGGAGCCUAUCCCAGCUAUUUUCAGGUGAGAGGCAGGGUCACCAGGUCGCCAUUCCAUCGUAGGGCCACAUAUACAGACAAACAACCAGACAUACUCACACUCACACCUACGGGCAAUUUAGAAUCAUCAAUUAACCUACUAUGCAUGUUUUUGGACUGUGGGAGGAAACCGGAGUACCCGGAGGAAACCCACGCAAGCACGGGGAGAACAUGCAAACUCCACACAGAAAGACCCUGCUGGGCCUGGGAGUCGAACCGGGAACCUUCUUGCUGUGAGGCAACAGUGCUAACCACUAAGCCACGGUGCUGCCCUUUGAAAUAUUUUGGACCAAAACUGUCUGAAAUGUAUUACCUUUGCUUUCUUUUAUUGAUUUAUUUGUGUUUGU